GGAAUUGUAUCAGUUCAGCUCUGCUCUCACACAGAAGACUCAGACACACACCCAACACAGCUAUAUAUAGCUAAAGCAGAGCAUAGCCCAUUACAUAUACCAUCAGAAUGCUGAGAGAACACAGUGGAUUGGACUAAUUGUCACAGUGAGGGACAUAGCCUAAAGAGUGGAAUACAACAACAUUCUAGUAGACUUCUGGGGGGCUGGCUGCCUCUGGAGUCAAUACGUUUUGGAAGCUGAGAUACAAAGACAAUUUAGGAACAGCCCAUUGAAAGAGAAAGAAAGAACACAAAGGGGAAAAAUACAAACAUAACAGAAGAAAAUAUACCCAUCUGUUGGAGAGAUUUAUGUCUUUUCGCCACUCUUGGACGGAUAUGAUUCUUUGUGUGCAAAGUCCACAGAGCCUGUUGGCAGAACAGAGGACUUGUAGAUCUUCUUCUUGUGUCGGAGUCCCUGGAUUUUUACCAGGUCAAGUCAUGCAUCCUCCAAACCACCCUCGGUGCCGAGGUCAGCCGCCACACUCCUCAGAGGAACCGACCAGAGCAAUGGAUACCCAUGCACCUUCCCAGACACGAACUCGAGAUCCUGAAGAAGAUCUGCUAUGCAUCGCUAAAACUUUUUGCUACUUGCGUGAAUCUGGUUGGUACUGGGGCUCUAUUAAUGCCACUGACGCCAAGCAGCAGUUACAGAAGAUGCCAGAAGGGUUCUUUCUGGUGAGGGACAGCACUCACCAUAGUUACCUGUUCACGUUGUCCGUCCAGACUAAUCGGGGACCCACAAACAUACGCAUUGAGUAUUCCGACGGCCUUUUCAGACUGGACUCCAACUAUUUAUGCAAGCCGUACAUUAUGUCCUUUCCAGACGUUGUCAGCCUGGUCCAAUACUACGUUUCUAACUGUCAUUCCGAGAGCAGCAAAGAAACCUCCAGGGAGUCCAGUCCAUCGCCACCUGUGCCACCUUCACCUAAAGAGACAAAAGGUGUUCAUUUCAAGCUUCUGCAUCCUCUUCCUCAUGGUGGUCAAAGCCCCAGCCUACAACAUCUGUGUCGAUUGCAAAUAAACCAGUGCAUGGCUCCAGCUUCCAACAUGAUGGAUCUCCCACUCCCAAAAAGAAUGGUAGAGUACCUGCAGAGGUACCCAUUCAAACUCUGAGUGACAAUAGGCAAGAGAAGGUCAUGUCUACUCUGCCCAUAUAUGUGGUGCCAUACCAACUCAGAACACAUGGACGUUGAAAUCCCAAGACUGUAUAAACUCUAAAUAUUUAUUUCAAUUAUUGCACCUAAACGUUUUCUAAGAUUUUUGUAUUUUUCUCAGCAGUUGGUACUUGUCCAGACCAUCUUUCCCGUUCACCGCUCUGUGAUUCCACCAAAGAACCAUCAUUACUUUGUAAUUGUGACCAUGUCAACUGCAAAGGCAAUGAUGAGUGUCAUGUGCAGUCCAGAGCAGCGGUCCUCCCUUGCUGUUAUUUGCAACAUGAACUGCACUAAACCACCUAUACAUAUGAGUGUCAUAGGGAAGAAAUGGAAUAUGUUACAUAGUAGAUGGAGAUGAGAGAAUUCAGACUUCUAUGUACUUUAUAAUAUCUGCUGCACUACGGUUCUCCACAUAGACAAUUUGUGCUGAAUUCCAAGUCUUUCUGGAUUUGAAGAUGUAAAAUCUGACAACACUAACUUACUUGACAAGGAUGUUUUUAAAAGUUGCAGCACUUUGGGUCGGGAGUUAAAAAACAAACAAUUGAACAACCAUUUGUUAGGGUUGUGUCUCCAGCUGAUGGAUAUAAAUAAAUAGGAUUUUUUCAUAUAAA